AUGGUCAAGCGCUUCGUAACAAAAGCCAGCGAUGUCUAUCCCAUCCGCACUGAUGACGAUGAUAAGAUUCCCGUUCAAACCUUCUGGGAGGCGAAUAAAACAAUCCUAGACGACCACGGAGACGAGCCAGCCUACACCACCUUCACUCAAACCAAGGCAGACACAGGCUACUGCACAAGCGAAUCGAACAAAACAUAUUCGCACAAAGAGUUUUACUCGGAGGCACAGAAGUUCGCCCAGGCGUUGGUAGCGUGCGGUUUUCCUCGACACAAGGCGGUAAAUAUAAUUGGCUUUAAUAGUGUUGAAUGGGUCUCCGCAGAUAUGGGUUCUAUGAUGGCCUUUGGUAUCAGUGCCGGGGUAUACGAGACCUCCAGUGCGGAGGCAUGUCAGUACCAAGCAGCGCAUAGUGAAGCGCAUACUGUGGUGGUCGAAGGCGAAAUGCAACUGAUGAAGUAUCAGAAAAUUUUGGAUGAUGCUAUUGAGGGCGGUCUUUCUGAUUUGAAAGUAAUAGUGGUCUAUAAUAUGAAUCCAGAGGACGUCAGUGCACGCAAAGAGGCCUUUCGCAAACAUGGAGUGACUCUCUACGAGUACAAGCAAUUCAUAGCAUUGGACAAGAACGAUACACAUUUAGCUGAGGUUAAUGAACGCAAGAAUGCGCAGGUCGCCGGCAACUGCAUAAAACUGGUUUACACUUCUGGCACAACAGGAGUACCUAAAGCAGUCAUGAUCAGUCACGAUAACAUGGUCUUUACCACAAAGACCGCAGCGCUUACAAUGAAUGGAAUCGGUCCAGGUGAUCGCGUUCUAUCUUAUCUGCCACUGUCGCAUAUUGCAGCUCAGAUGCUCGACUUCGGAUUUCCCUGUAUUCUGGGCGGUCAUGCCACCUUUGCCCGUCCAGAUGCCUUAAAGAGUGGCACACUUGGUCAGUCGCUCGUUGCCGUACAACCUACCAUCCUUAUGGGAGUACCACGUGUAUGGGAGAAGAUCGCCGCUAAACUACGCGCGAUGGGUGCCGAAUCCACAGGUCUCAAGCUCAAGAUUGGCUCGUGGGCUAAAGGCGUGGGCUUUCAGCGUACGGCCAGCCGAGAGGGUCUAACCGCUGCCGGCGAGUCAAAGUUCACAAAUCCUACAGGAGGUUUGGGAUAUAGUCUGGCGAACGCGCUGGUAUUCAGCAAGGUCAGAGCAGCCCUGGGUCUGAAUCAUUGCCGUUUGUGCGUGACUGGUGCAGCACCUAUUUCAAUGGAUACUUUGGACUUGUUUGCGGCAUUGGACAUACCUUUGCUCGAAGUGUAUGGACAGUCCGAAAACUGCGGACCAGCCUCUAUCUGCACACCCAAUCUUGGUUACCGAAAGGGUUCAGUCGGUCGCAAAAUUCCCGGCAGCGAGCUUCGUAUUGAUCCUGAAACUCAGGAGGUCCAAUUCACCGGCCGACAUGUGUUUAUGGGAUACCUCAAGAAUGAAGAGAAGAGCGCAGAUGCACUCACCGAGGAUGGCUACUUAGCAAGCGGUGAUCAGGGUACCAUCGACAAAGAAGGGUUUGUGAGCAUCACAGGCCGCAUUAAAGAACUGAUUAUUGGUGCGGGGGGUGAGAAUGUGGCCCCUUUGCCCGUCGAAAAGGCCAUGAAGAAGGCCAUGCCGUAUCUUAGCAACUGUGUGGUGUUUGGUGAACGCAAGCCAUAUAUGGGAAUGUUGGUGUCCCUGUGUGUGGAGAUGGACCCGGCUACGAUGAAGCCCACGGAUCAGCUCGAGGGAGUAUCGCUGCAAUGGACCAAGAGCGUUGGCAGCAAGGCCGCCACAUACUCUGCUGCAAAGCAAUGUGAGGUCAUCAAGAGAGAGAUAGAUGCUGGGUUAAAGGAGGGCGCUGAGCUCGUUAUAUCACGCGCCGCGACACCUAGAUUUUGGAUUUGGCUUGAGGAAGAUUUGAAUAUUCCUGCGGACUUAUUGGGCCCCACGUUGAAGAUGAAGCGAAACAACGUGUACAAAGUGUUCCAUGAGCAGAUUGAAAAAGCGUACGCAGAAAAUGACGCGGCAUUUAAGCAGAAGGCAGAGGUGACCACGGGUGGUAACUAA